UCCGCGGGCCGUGACCCCGGGCUCGGCGCGGGUGGGACCCGGCCAGGUUUGCGCAAAAUGAGCCGAGGCUGCUGCCCAGGAGAGGAGCGGCGGCCGCGCUGAGCCAGAGCCAUGAGUCACAAGAUCCUGCUGUUCCUGGCCGUGCUGAUCCUAGGCCUGGCCACUUCCCAGCACCAAGACAAGGUGCCCUGUAAGACGGUGGACAAGGAGGCCUUGUGUCAGGGCCUUGGUCUGCUCCAGGUCCCCUCAGCGCUCCCUUUGGAUAUCAAGGUCCUUGACCUAUCUGGAAAUCAGCUGCAGAGUAUCCUGGCCUCACCCCUGGACUUUUAUAUAGCGCUUCGUCACCUGGACCUGAGCACCAACGAGAUCAGCUUCCUCCAGCCGGGCGUCUUUCAGGCCCUGCCCCACCUGGAGCACAUCAACCUGGCCCACAACCGCCUGGCGGUGGGCACCGCAUUGAGUGCUGGUGGUCUGGGCCCCCUGCCGCAUGUCACCUCCUUGGACCUGUCUGGAAACAGCCUGUACAGUGGCCUGGUGGAGCGGCUGCUGGGCGAGGCCCCCAGCCUGCGCACGCUGUCGCUGGCGGAGAACAGCCUGACCCGCCUCGCCCGCCACACCUUCUGGGGCACGCCUGCACUGGAGAGGCUGGACCUCCACAGCAACGUGUUAAUGGACAUCGAGGACGGCGCUUUCGAGGCCCUGCCCCGCCUGGCUCACCUCAAUCUCUCCAGGAACUCCCUCACCUGCAUCUCACACUUCAGCCUCCAGCAGCUGCGGGUGCUGGACCUGAGCUGCAACAGCAUCGAGGCCUUUCAGACGGCCCCCGAACCGCAGGCUGAGCUCCAGCUGGCCUGGCUCGACCUGCGGGAGAACAAACUGCUCCACUUCCCUGACCUGGCCGCACUCCCAAGACUCAUCUACCUGAAUGUGUCCAACAACCUCAUCCGGCUUCCUGCUGGGCCGCCCCAGGACAGCGAGGGCCUCUACGCACCUUCCGAGGGCUGGUCAGCCUUGCCCCUCUCCAACCCCAGCUGGAACACCAGCACCCACCCCCUCUCCCAGCUCUUGAACCUGGAUUUGAGCUACAAUGAGAUUGAGCUCAUUCCUGAUAGCUUUCUGGAGCAUCUGACUUCUCUGCGCUUCCUGAACCUCAGCCGAAACUGCCUGCGGGCCUUUGAGGCCCGGCACACGGGUUCCCUGCCCUGUCUGAUGCUUCUGGACUUAAGCCACAAUGGGCUGGAGUCUCUGGAGCUGGGCACCAGAGCCCUGGGGUCCCUGCGGACGCUGCUCCUGCAGGAUAACGCCCUGCGGGACCUGCCACCAUACACUUUCGCCAACCUGGCCAGCCUACAGAGGCUCAACCUGCAGGGGAACCGGGUCAGCCCCUGUGGAGGGCCUGCUGCACCUGGUCCCCCAGGCUGUGUGGCCUUUUCUGGCAUCCCCACCCUCCGUGUCCUGACCAUGGUCGAUAAUGAGCUGGAGACGCUCAGGGAAGGGGCCUUCCUCCACACCCCGCUUACUGAGCUGGACCUCUCUGCCAACCCUGGUCUGGAUGUGGCCACAGGUGCCUUGGCAGGCCUGGAGGCCUCCUUGGAGGUGCUGGCGCUGCAGGGCAAUGGGCUGACUGUCCUGCAGGUAGACCUGCCCUGCUUCAGCUGCCUCAAGCGACUCAAUCUUGCUGAGAACCGCCUAAGCCAGCUGCCUGCCUGGACACAGGCCGUGUCCCUGGAGGUGCUGGACCUACGAAACAACAGCUUCACCCUCCUGCCAGGCAGUGCUAUGGGUGGCUUGGAGAACAGCCUCCGGCGCCUGUACCUGCAGGGGAAUCCGCUAAGCUGUUGUGGCAAUGGCUGGCUAGCAGCCCAGCUGCACCAGGGCCGCGUGGAUGUGGACGCCACCCAGGACCUAAUCUGCCGCUUUGGCUCCCAGGCAGAGGUAUCCCUGAGCCAUGUGCGUCCUGAGGACUGUGAGAAGGGGGGGCUCAAGAAUGUCAACCUCAUCAUCAUCCUCACCUUCACACUGGUCUCUGCCAUCCUUCUCACCACACUGGCCACCUGUUGCUGUGUCCGCCGGCAGAAGUUUAACCAACAGUACAAAGCCUAAGGAGGCCAGGAGAUCCUUCCAGGUCAGUGCAGGAGCUAGAGGCUCAGAGAAGUGGGGUCUGGCUCAGAUCACAGUGUGAGCCAAGGGGCCAGAACCCCGGCCUCUAAAUCCCAGCCCAUGGCUCCUCUCACUGCAUUCUGUGCCUUGGGAGGUGACCGCUUCUUAGGCUACACACGAGGUCCAGCUGUGGCAGCCGGAAGUUGGGCAGUUCCAGAGGUGGCAGAGAAUAAGCUUGACCCAGCAGAUCAACAAAUUUUCACUGAGCAUCUGUUUCAAACCACACCCUGCUCUGGGCACUGGAGACGCUAGUAAAUGAAGCACACACUCGCCCUCUAGUAGGAGAGGUGGGUGCACACCACACAGUGCGAUAGGGCUGGAGGUGGGGAAUCCCCAGGUUCCAAAAGCCCUAGUUGGUUCAGUGUGGGGAGAUCCACCCCAGCUGAGCCAGGGCAAGGGAGGGCCAAACCCAAGAGGAUUUGUCUGAGACGUUUCCAUGCAGACUGUUUUGUCACAUCUUCUGAUAAUGACUUUCAGCCUCUCUGGAAAAUGAAGAGCUCGUGACCGGAAAAAAGAACCCAAGCCUCCCGAGUAUGUCUUGGAGCCAGUGCUGCUGGGCGGGUUUCAGCAGCCCCAGCAGGGCCUGGUUAAGAGGUAGCUACCCUGGGCUCCGGCCCAGUGCCAGGCCAUUCUGUUUCCUGCUCUGGACAGGCUUGUCCCUCCCUGGCACUCUCUUGUUGCACACAGUGGCCCAAGUACUGAACCACUGACUCCCUGCCCAGACCCCUUCCCCAUCCCAGCCUCACCCUGGCUGUUGAGCCAAGAGCGAGAGCCCUAGCUAUCUGGUUCUGGUUUGCACCCGGCUUGGCAGCUAGAGACACAAAUCCAAGUCUUGUGUCUGCCUCU